CCGUAUCUAACUUUUUCAUAGAUCAGAAAGAAGCGUCGCAUUACACGAGCCGCGUUUCCAUGAGAAAGCAGCCGAGAGCCGAAAAUGAUUCGGUUUUGACAGGCCGUCAAACAUUGGAUGUAUUUUGAUUUGAGUUGUCACUUGUUUUUUAAUAGUUUGGUCUCAAAACAUUGUUUCCGGAGUGUAAAAGGGAUCAACAAGUAGUUGGAAAACUCGGAAAAACACGCCAUCCUCAUAGGAUGGAGAAAUCCACAACGAUGAUAGUCAUGGUCCCUAUUAUCUUUGCUUUGAGUGUUGUGGGUCAUGGGGCAGCAGAGCUCGGGUUUGCAGGAGACCUCCAGAACCGCACAGCCAGACAGUUGAGCUGUGUGGAGAACCAUGAGUACCCUCACAACGGCUUCUGCUGCAAGAACUGUGAAGCUGGCACUUAUGUGAAAGAGAAGUGUAGCAAGGACCAGGAGAAGGGCAAAUGCUUCCCGUGUGAGAAGGGCACGUAUGCCGAGCACCCCACAGGCAUGGAGCAGUGUCUGCAGUGUAGCCAAUGCCACAGAGAUCAGAUUGUGGUUGCAGAAUGCACCAGCACAAGCAACACCAAGUGUGAAUGCAAAUUUGGUUCUUUCUGCCUGCCAGACGAGCCAUGUGAAGUGUGCAAGAAAUGCGCCAGGUGCAAAGCCGAUGAGGAAGAAGUGAGCCGUUGCACUGCAACAUCCAAUACAAAGUGCAGGAAGCGCACCUCUUAUCCGACUGAAGGACCAACAGACAAGCCAUCGCCAUCAAACAACACUUAUCCUAUAGCAAUUGCUUUACCAAUUUUGGUGCUACUGAUCAUCAGCAUCGCUUUUGGCGCUCUGUUUUUAUGGAGGAAGGGUCACUUUCGACAAAGUGACACUGCUGGUGAUUUGAAAGAAGUGAAGAUUCCUAUUGAUGAGUGCCCAAAAUCAGAAGAGGAGAAAGAGAACAGCCGUAAUGCUGGAUUAGAGAGGGAGGAGGAGCAACGCCCAGAGUCCCACCCCUUGUUGACACAAGAAACACAGGAAACGGUUAGCAAGAGCAUACCUGUGGAGGAUGAAGACCGGGGAUUGGGCGACAGCUUGCCCAACACGACUAGCUCUUCUCAAACCAGUCUUUCUGCUCUACCUUCUGCGGUCUACAUCGAGGAUUCACCUCGAUCGAGUCCCCCGGCCCCGAGACAGACCGAGAGAGAUACAGAGUCAUGGGCGAAGGAUGAUGGUCCUCCCAGAAAACUUAUUCCUCUACUUGGUGAGGAGGAUUCUCUGAACAAGAGUUUUGACCUGUUUGAUACCCUGGACGUGCGGUACCACAACAAGUUCUUCCGUAGCAUCGGCGUAAGCGACAACGCCAUCAAGGUGGCCGAAACGCAGCACCCCGUGGACAAAGUCUACGACCUACUGCGGGUAUGGAUGCAAAAAGAGGGCCUGCGGGCAAACAUUAACACAUUACUACAAGCUCUUCUGGACCUGGACCAGCGGUAUUCAGCAGAACACAUCGCCUCCAAGGCUGUUGAACGAGGCUACUACAAAUAUGAAUGAUGCCUUUUCAAUACUACAAGAGUAAAAGAACAAAAUAAUUGAGAGGUGUAGAUUCCUUUUGAAUUCUCCCCUAUGGGCCUGUUGGUCUCAUUACAUGAACUUGAUGUCCCUUUACGGAGACAUUGGUGAAUCGCCUCUCUGUAGCGCCCACGGUGGGUUUAGAAGCCAACACUGGACCCUUUUUUAAGGACUUACACUGGCGAGCAAUAGAGGGCGCUGUGUUCCCUCUCAACGGUGCAUUCUCGAGUUACUUGAUGCACUGGCCUCAGGCUUUCAAACUACAGGUUGGUCCAAAGCCUGCAUAUAGGUGUCAUUAAACCUUCGGUUAUGCCAGAUGUUCAAACUAAAACAAGCUUAUGUAGUUCUGUGCCUUAAUGUGUUUAUUUGGACUACAUACUGACAGGAACAAACACAAGAUUUUCACAAGCCUCACACUACAUGUAGUCAUAUUUCUGAAUCAAUUCUGUUCUUAGCUACAAACCUUGUCGAUGAACAAAUGAACAAAUAUGCCUCAAGAUGAGCUCAGAACUCAGAACAGUUAUGUCAGCAGGGGUUUCAUUUUGAAGUUUAGAAAAUUCAUUUUACUUUGUUUGUUACAGAAUAUCUCAAAUGCCUGACCGUAACCUUUCCCCAUCUCUGUGGUGCGGGGCUGAGAUGCGUUUUUCACCUUCCCAACCUUUCUUGCCUGUUCCGUUGUCAUCGUUUAUAUUUAAAUAAGUGAUGUAUUUAUUUGUAUUGUGUAAUUCCGUACUAUUUAUACCUGUUACCAAUAUUCUCCUACAGUAAGUGUUCCUGAAGCAUUUUAGGCAGUGUGACUGAGAUGUUCACAAGACAAAUCCUUCCGGUCCUUUCACAAGUGGAUUAAGUGCCAUCUCCCCGUAGUUUUUUCUAUAGCUAAGACAUUUCUAUGUUUACCCUGAGCGUGUCGCUUACUACAGACUCAUCAUUGUUAUAUGAAUCACAAAAUGUGGAUAUAUGUUGUUGAUGUGUAUGAUAAAAGAAAAAGAUUGAAAGAGUACCACGGUCAGUAUAUCUUGGGCGCUUGUAACUUCUUCCAAAGGUUGUAUUAAUGUCGAGGAUAAGGAGGCAUUUCAAACUUCUGCUCGCUGUUGUUUUUUUUGUUUGUUUUUUUAUGCAGUAGUGCACAGGUACGUGUUUUUAGAAUAGUUAAAAGAUGAAGGAAAUUUAUGCUCAUCCAGAAACUUAGUUUAAUUGAGUUUUGUCUAGUAUGUACAUAGUUGUCAAGAAUUCUAUUAAACGAAACUAAUAGAUAUAUAUUUAUGGAAGUCCUAAGAGUUCAACGUAAUGAAGUACUGCCUAAAAACCAAACCGAAGGAACAAACUGAAAUUAAAAUGGAAUAGAUGUUAUCUAAAUAAACAGGGCUUCUAAAUUCAUUUACGUAGCAGUAAAUGAACUGGGACGUCUGACUCGGCUGUAUAGCUAUGUAGAUGUAUCGGUGUUUGAAAUAGGAUGGAUAUAUUUUCAGAACACAGGUCUCAGAUCAGCUUCACCUUUGAGCAGAUUUGUUUGAUUUGGUGUGGAAAGCUGAAAUCAGAUCAGGACAAAAUGGCUCCCCCUUCCUUUGAGCUUCCCCGUUUAAUUAUGAAAAUGUAGAGCUAUCGUACAGUGCAGGCACUGCCACCUAUUGACGUAGAGUUGUAUAACAAGAGAAAAAAACCUGCAUCAAUUUCAAGGGACCUUUUUUCACAUCUAAACAGUUAUUUUUCCUCACAUCUUUCAUCUUUUUGCACUGAAUUUAACAUUGAGUGUCUCUUCAGAUGUAGGUGCAGAAGUUUGAGCAGUUUGGUGCCAUCUGUUUCUGUUUUCGGAGGUUUUUAUACAGUUUUUAGUUUUUUAUUGACGCCACAUUGUUUCUGCCUUGACGCCUCUAACACAGAUGCAUGCCUCAGUGCCCGCUCAUUCUACGCUUUAUUUUCCACAAUAUCUCUCUACGAGUAGAAGUUUUGUAUCUUUUUUUUUUCCCCUUAGACAAUUGUUUGCUCGUUUAUGAAUGUCAAAUGUUUGCUGUUGCAAAGUUGUUUGUAGAAUGUUUUUGUUUUAAAAUUAUAAAUAAAAAAAUAAAAAAAAUACCAAUAA